AUGGCGCACACCUUCAAUUCACAUCGUGAAGUGGAAGAGAUUGACUUGACCGAUGAUCCAGCUACCAGAAGAUCUCAGAACCAGCCCUGUGCGCAAGAUCGCCCACUGAGUCGGAAGAACAAGGCCACAGUCUGUCACAUCAACGGAGACAAUUCAUCUCGAGCCAUGGACCAACUCAGCGUUCCUGUUGAUCCAGAAGACGGCACGUGCUACUCAAACAGAGAUGAUCAGGCCAAUUCAGAACACGCUGAACAAGACUCUCAUCCUGAUAUGGACGACAUUGGAACGUACGAAGACCCUGAUCUUGUGAACGAAGCCCUGGAGAACAUGAAGAAGAUUCUGCUUGAUGAAGAUACCACUAUCAAGGGCAUCGAGACAGAGAUCGAUUCGGCUCAAAAGACGAUUUAUUCUUUGCUGAUAAAAUACCCGGUAGUCAAGACUUUUGGACGACGUCCCGAGCCCACACCGCUCGAUAUUUGCCGCGGAAGUCUUCACGAGCUGAUCAAUGAGAUGGAUGUCUUGGAGGGCAUCAGAAACUCCUUGGACUCCGUUGAGAAAUCUCAUCAAGAAGCAAAGCAAGAGCUAGACUUCCUGAAGCGCUCUGUUAGAUCAUUGGUACACUUCUCACUCUUUCCUUCCCCAAACAAUACUGACCCUUCUGUGCACCCACAGUUCAGAAGCAAGACCGUAUCUGCAGAGUCCCAGCAAAGAAGAAUAGCUGCCAACGAGAAUAUGCUCGAUUCGGUCAAAUUCCUCAAGGAGUGUCUGAACAAUCAUGCCAGACUCGUCGAAAUCGUGCUUGGAAGACCUGAGCCUCUGGUCAAGCAGGGCACGGAGCUUAUGCAAGCGUUGUUGUCUGAGAUGUUCGGAUUGCCUGGACCUGACGUGCAAGAACACACGCAAGAUCCUCUGCCUGACGCCAUGGAAGUCUCAGAAACCGAGGCAGAAGUUGAGGACAGACUUGAAAUCGAGCUUGCCUCAGAGUCAGAAUCAGAGGCCGAAUCUCUCUGGGAGUAUACCCAAGCUGAAGAUCUUAUGGACGUUGAAGCCAGCGAAGCUUCUGAAUCAGAAUCUGGAGAAGACGACAGUGACAAUAUCAGCGAAGUGUUCGACGACUAUGACGACAACAUGAGCGAAUGCUCCGACUACUCAACAACAAACAAGAACGAAAGAUUGCUGAAAACGGAAAAACGCGAGAAAGCCAAACAGAACAGAGAUGCCUUGUGGAGAAGAUUCGGCUUGACGGUCGAACAAGUCAAUCAAGGUCAAGGCGAUGUACAGCAAGAAGGACGCAGCAGCAUUAAACGUCAAAAGAGAAGCCGUGACGCUAUAGAGGAGGAACCAAUCGAAGAUAACCCAACUACCCACCACCAGUCUCAAGCCCUGAAGCAGACGACUCUCAACUUCAACAAAGUCACCAAAAACCGAAGACUGUUCUCACGCAAAGAGUUGAAGGAGCAAGGCGUCUUCGGAACCGAAGAACCGGAAGAAGUUGAGGAAGGAGUCGAGAUAUCAAAACCCAGAGGGAAGAUCGCCAAGAGGAUGCUUGCUUACUGGUCGCGGAACUGA